UGGAAGACGCAAGUGAGGUUUAUUAGGGGAAGCGUGGCUAGCAGAGACUAGAGAGAUAGAAUUAGAAUUAAAAAGCGUGAAGGACAGUGAUAGGUUUGGUUUGGAAGGAAGAAGAAAAUGAAGGCCAUAGUGAUAACGAGGCCAGGAGGUCCCGAAGUGCUCCAACUUGAGGAAGUGGAAGAUCCCCAAGUCGGAGACGACGAGCUUCUCAUCGGAGUCCACGCCACUUCCCUUAACAGAGCCGAUACCUUUCAGAGGAAAGGCUCCUACCCUCCCCCUAAGGGCGCCAGCCCUUACCUCGGUCUCGAAUGUUCCGGAACUGUCCUUUCCCUGGGUAAAAACGUUUCCAGCUGGAAAAUCGGUGAUCAGGUGUGUGCUCUUCUCGCCGGAGGCGGAUAUGCCGAGAAAGUUGCAGUUCCGGUAGGACAAGUUCUUCCGGUUCCAGCCGGUGUUUCUCUCACGGAUGCAGCUAGUUUUCCUGAGGUUGCUUGCACUGUCUGGUCAACUGUUUUCAUGAUGAGUCGCUUAUCUCAAGGGGAAACCUUGUUGGUUCAUGGAGGUUCCAGUGGGAUUGGUACAUUUGCAAUUCAGAUAGCCAAGUAUCGAGGGUCACGAGUGUUUGUUACUGCAGGAAGUGAGGAGAAGCUAGCUUUUUGCAAGAGUAUCGGAGCUGAUGUGGGCAUCAAUUAUAAAACAGAAGACUUUGUUGCGCGGGUAAAGGAAGAAACUGGUGGCCAAGGUGUUGAUGUUAUUCUUGAUUGUAUGGGAGCAUCCUACUAUCAAAGAAAUCUUGAUAGCUUGAAUUUUGAUGGAAGGCUUUUUAUUAUUGGCUUUCAAGGUGGGGUUAGUACACAAGCAGAUCUACGCCCUUUACUUGCUAAGCGUCUCACAGUACAAGGAGCUGGUUUACGCAAUAGAAGUCUGGAAAAUAAAGCUGUGAUUGUUAGUGAAGUGGAGAAGAAUGUUUGGCCUGCAAUUGCCGAAGGAAAGGUUAAGCCUGUGGUCUACAAAUCUUUCCCGCUUUCUGAGGCAGCGGAGGCUCACCAGCUUAUGGAAAGCAGCCAGCAUAUUGGGAAGAUAUUGCUUUUGCCAUGAAAAUUGUCGUAAAUACUGAAGUUCGUGACAUACUUCUGGAUCCUUUGUGUUUGGACUUGUUUCUUUGUUAAGAUCUCAGGAUUCUAAUAUGGUUGCGGAUUAAAAUAACAGCUAAAGGAAUUGAUAUGGCAAGUUCAUUUAAACAAUCACACCGUAUUUAUCAA